AGCUAGCUUAGUUAGCUAACUUAACGUAACGUUAACGUUACCUAUCUUAAAACUAACGUUAAUGGAAUGUUGGAGUAAUAAAAGUUCGUAGUGUUUAACGGUCGCAACUGAAAACAGUUCAGGUGAAAAGGACAGUCCUUAGCUGUAGGAUGACAUGGGAACUACCUGAAAAGACUACACAAAAUGUGUCCCAGGACGGGUCCUGCGAAGUCUCAACCCAAGCCGACUCAGUGCAGUUAACGGUGAGAAGGUGAACACGGAGUCUGUCCGUCAUCGGCGGAUGUCGUCCAGGGAGCGCAGGGCAUGAAGCAGUGACCAGCGUCGAUGCUCCAUGAGGAAGGCCAGCGUUAGUGCUGAGCUGCGACUCCUGCCCAGACUACAGUGGACCAAAACGCGGCCGGCAGGCUCAGCCUUCAGCGCCAUGUUGAUAAACCUGGAUGCCAGCGGCAGUGCCUCCACCAGGUCCUGCUGGGCAUCAUCGCUCAGACGCAGCUUCAGGUAGCACAACAUGUUGGGGAAAGCAUCAGGGCAGUUCGCAGUGGCAUUGACCACAUGUGUGAUGUGUAGAUUCUUGAUGAUGCGGUAGUCAGAGGCAUGGGAGGCAGACCCUUGGUAGAGAGCUCCUUCCAGGAUCUCUGAGGGGUAGAUGGUGAGAGUGUGCCGCUCAGGUUCCAGCAGGACCAUACGUUGUGUGCAGAGGAAAGGGUAGAGGGCGUGGAAGGCUGAGAAUCCCCCCAGCAGGAUGACAGGGUCCAUUCCCAAAGCACUGAGCUGGAAGAAACAGCGCUGGAGGUCUGGGGAGUCUGCCCUGGCCCUCACACUGCCCACUGAAAUAAGCACAGACACACAGAGAAACAAUCACAGUGACAGAACACAGACAGUGAGAAGAAAUCAAUACAGACAGCCAGGUAGAUUUCAACAAGACUAAGUCUACAGGCAUGCUAGUGGCUAGGUAAAAAAACAAACAAACAGCAAAGCUCUUUACCUGGACAGUACAACGCCCAUCUCUUUUAAGUCAUUUGGCAGAUGCAUCAGCUGUUCCAACCAGCCCUUCAUUAGAAGAACAUGCUACACACCAAAAAACAAAGAGCUUUGUGAGACCAGAAGGUAAUGUGUCUACACAUGGGAUGAUGACUGCCACCUGUUCCUGAGAGAGUUUAUUGCUAACAACACACUUUGUGAAAGGCUUGUAGCUAUAGCAGGCCUAGUCCGGAUCAAUCAGAGGCCCCCAUACAGGAGUCUGUUUGGUUAAGCAGACCCUCUCCCAUGCAGCCAUGUGGCUGAUGGACUGUGCAAAGCUGGGGAAGAACAGUCAGGAAUGUCACAAACAGAUUGCUUCUUCAAUUAAGCCUAUAGGGAGACAAACAGACCAGGACCAAAGUCCAUCUGGACAAAGUGAGAAAGCAAAUGAGCCACGCAGAGGGAACGAUUGGAGUAUGAAGAUGAAACAUGAAGGAUUUCAGAUGCAACAGAUCCCUGCAAUCCAAGCAGCAACCUCUGCACAGAAUGACAGCAGGCCUUUUAGUUCAGGGAGGUGGCGGAGAGGAUGGUGUGCCUCAGCGACAAAGAGGCUUUCAUCUAAUCAUGCACUGAAGGCUCUGGUUCCCACCCUCUGCCUGGUGGUGGUGGUGAUAUAUGGCCUGGCUGACAAACUCAGAAACUUUGUGGCCGGCAUCUUCAUCCCUCAGUAUCACUACCCGUAUGCAGUGGCUCUCUGCUUUGCCCAGGUUCUGGUUACUCUCUUAGUCUUAAAUCUCCUCCACAUCCUGGACCUGGUGCCUCUGAAGCCCUACUCCAGGUCCCUUGGUGAGAGGGUGCUGGUGCCUGCUAUCUGUAACGGCGUCCAUGCUGUGCUGGGCAUGUGGGCCAAGGCCAGCAGCUCGUACGUCGGCUUCUACCACCUUUCCCUGCCUCUGCUGCCAAUAGUAACUGUGGGCUUUGGUUUCUCCCUGAAGCUGGCCCCGCCACCAUCUAUCCACAUCUCUGUUCUGAUUUCCAUCAUGAGUGGGACAUCUUUUGUCAUCACAGCCUCCCAAGGGUUGGCAGAUAUCGAGCCUCUGGAGUACGUGUAUGCACCUCUGGCUCUAAUCCUCCACAGUCUUUCUUUGACUUGGCUGGCUAAAGUGUCUGAGGCAGAGCGCCAAAACACCCCUGAUGCCCAAGCUUCCAUUUUUGACAUCUACUACAACCAGCUGGUCAACCAGUGCUGGGUGCUGGGCCUCCUGUGGAUGCUGCACCCGGACAGUCCCUGGCAGGUGUUGAGUCAGGGCAGCUGGCACAGCCUGCUCUUCCACGGCUACCUGUUCGCUAUUCUCCUGCUGGGGAUGCUACUGAACUUCCUGGUCGGUAUAUCUGCUCUGUCUGUCUCACCUCUUGCUGCUGCACUGCUAUACUCUGCAAGGCAGAUGGUACAGCCGUUCUUCCAGAUUUUGUAGUUUCGAAAGGACUGAGAAAAAUGAUUGACUGUUGUGCUGUGUCAACGUGACAUGCACACCGACAGGCUGAUUAAAUUACACAGCCAAUCCACACCACUGA